AUGCCCAAGGCAACAUCCUCUCGCUCCGCCGCCGGCCGCCGGCACAAUCCUCUAGCUGAGGAUUAUAUGACUGCUGGUCAUCUGAGAACUCAAUCGGCCAAAAAGUCCAGUCGCAAGUCUCGUGAGGGAGACGAACAAGAAGAUGGGGAGCGCUUCGUUGAUGCGAAGAUGUCCCGGAAGAUCCUGCAAAUCGGACAGGAACUGGCUGAUGAGGAUGCUGAAGAACAAAGAGCCACAGCAGGCGCUGCUGCUGAUAUGACGAACGCAGCCUUUGAUUUUGAGUCUCGCCUGGAAGGUGAUGAGGCCUUUUCCGAUGACGAAAAAUUCCAAGACGACCAAUGGGACGACGAAGAGGAAAUUGAGGAAGUUGAGGUCGACCCCGAUGAUCUUGAUAUGUUCAACAAGUUCAUUCCUGCAGGCGACGAAGACCCGAUAUUCAACCCCAGUGGACCCGAAGCCGAAGGUCAGACUAGGAACCUAGCCGAUCUUAUUCUGGAGAAGAUCGCGGAACAUGAAGCGAAGCAGGGCGGAGAGAGCGGCGGGCCCUUCAUUCAGGGUGGUGGAUUACCGGAGGAUGCUGUUCAAAUACCCGCGAAAGCGGUGGAGGUAUAUGAGAAGGUCGGCAUGAUACUUUCUCGCUACAAAUCUGGACCUCUUCCGAAGCCCUUCAAGAUCCUUCCUUCUGUGCCCAACUGGCCCACCCUUCUCGAUAUUACACGGCCUGAGUCUUGGACGGCCAAUGCUGUCUAUGCCGGUACCAGAAUCUUCAUUUCGUCGAAGCCAGCAGUCGCACAGGAGUUCAUCGCCACAGUGCUCCUUGACCGUGUCCGGGAGGAAAUCCAUGAGACCAAGAAGCUCAAUGUCCACACCUACAAUGCGUUGAAGAAAGCGCUAUACAAGCCCGCCUGUUUCUUCAAGGGCCUACUCUUCCCCUUGGUGUCGAGCGGAACCUGCACACUACGAGAAGCCCAUAUUGUCUCUUCUGUCAUUGCACGUGUCUCUAUCCCGGUCUUGCACUCAGCUGCAGCAUUACUCCGCAUGUGUGAUCUCGCUGCUGAACAGUCGUUGCGCUCUUUGGAAAGUACCGGUGCAGUGAACAUGUUCAUUCGCGUUUUCCUGGAGAAGAAGUAUGCGCUUCCCUACAAGGUGAUUGACGCCCUCGUUUUCCAUUUCCUGCGCUUCCGUGCUACCGACAAUGAUGCCAUGAUGACCGAUGGAUCCCGUGAAGCCAACAAGGUUUACAAGCUUCCUGUCCUUUGGCACCAGUCUCUGCUGGUGUUUGCGCAACGCUACCGCAAUGAUAUCACCGAGGAUCAGCGUGAGGCGCUUUUGGAUUUGCUUUUGGUCCGUGGACACAAGGAUAUCGGACCCGAGGUCAGGCGGGAACUGCUGGCAGGUAGAGGACGAGGUGUGGUUGCACCAGACCCGGAAAACCAAGGUGCUAUUGAUGCCGGUGAUGAUACGAUGGAUGUCACGUUAUAG